CUGCGGCCGUGGCGUUCACGGUCUGCUGGCUGCCAUCGGCGCUGUCUGCCCCGGCGGUGCUGGACGGUGGUCCACCCCUCGUCUGGAUCCGGGUAGCGGUCCCAGGCCAUCCCGAAGUGUGCUAGCGGACAGACAUCCAGGCGAGCUCCAUAUCUUCAGGAACUGUAAACCACCAUCUCUGAAGAGGGAGCCCGCAUACUCCACCUCCGCAACCUUCAAGUCUCUGACCAUCCCACAGGAACAACUCGUCUGGAGAGCUGCCCGCUCCAGCGGUGCUGCCCCCACCUAUUUCCGACCGAUGGGCUGGUUCCUGGAUGGAGGGCUGUUGACCAACAACCCGACACUCAACGCCAUGACAGAAAUCCACCAGUUUAACAAGUCUUUAAAGGCGGAGGGCCGUGAGAUGGACGUCAAGAAGCUGGGUAUAGUUGUUUCUCUGGGAACAGGUAAGCCCCCUCAGGAGGUGGUGACAUCUGUGGAUGUUUUCCGGCCCUCCAACCCUCUGGAGCUGGCCAAGACAUUCGUAGGCUCCAAGGAGCUGGGCAAGAUGUUGGUGGACUGUCGUAGGGACUCUGGUAGAUGGUGUCGAUCAUCUCACACCAGGCUCUAGCCCUGUCCACUGCGCAACCAUCAAAGACUGAGCCCCCAGCUCUCUCAGGAGGUGAUGCUGGAUGAAGUGAGCGACGAAGUUAUGGUGAACAUGCUGUGGGAAACUCAGAUGUACCUGUUUGAAAAAAGAGAAGUCCUCCUGUCUCGUGCAAAAAUGCUGCAGCGAGGCCGAAAAGAGAAGGAAACCAUAAAGAGGGCCCACAAGCAAAGUCUAAAAAUAUUCAAGAGUCUACAAAAACUAGCACUGUUCAGAGAAAAAUACACAGGAACUGUGGGGCUUCCUGAAGGGUCAGCGAUAGUGAGAAAUAAAACCACUGUUCUAACGUU